AUGUUGAGAGAAGAAGAAGAUCAACAUUCAGAACUUUCUGAAGCUAAUGCUCCCUUAAUAAACGAAAAGGAACCCUUGCUAGAAGAUUUUGAAGCAGAAAGCAGAAAGUGGGAAGAGAAGAGAGAGAGUCUCACUACAAAGCUUGACGAUGCCAAUCUGUCCUUGAAGAUCUGUCAAGAAAAUGAAAAGAAAUUCGAAGAAGAACGUCGUGGUUGGGAAAAGGAAAGAGCUGUUUUGUCCUCAAAUCUGUUUGCGCAUGAGUACGUAAGGAAAUGCCGGAGAUUGGAGAAAGAGAGCGCUGAUCUUACCGCUAGCCUUGCUACUGCAAAAGCUGAAGGUGAUUUUUAUCGGAGUAAUGAUGAUGAGGAAGACGAUAGUAGCGAUGAUGACGAGGAAGACGAUAGUUCAGAGGAGAAAACGAAGACUGAAGAGACUGAUCAAGAGAAUGUUCUAGACAAUGAGAAAGAAGUGAAGGAUGAGGAACUGAAGGAAACGGAAGAUGAAUAUUAUUGGGAAAUAGCUAAAGAUUCUUCCCUCUCAAUGCGCCGUCAGAUCGACCUGUUUAAGGGGCAGACUCAGCUCGAAGGAAACUAUUGCAAGUUGGUGAAGUCUGCUGUAGAGAAAUUGGUGGUGUUAGAGCAAGAAAACAAGGUUCUUUCUAGAAAGCUUCGUGCUGAAAGAACAUCAACUGAGCAAUUAAAUCGACUAGUGUGCCUGUUCGAAAUAAAAUGCGAAAGAUUGGAGGAAGGGAAAGCUGACCUUACUGCUAGCCUAUCCAUCGCAAAAGAUGAAUCUGAAUUUUAUCGAGAGUGCAUGCACAACUUGGGUCUGGACAAUGAGCUAUCUGCUAUUUAA